AGUGGCUGUUGCCGCGGCAGCAGAGCAGGACAGAUCUGAGACGGAACAACAACUCCUCCUCCUCUUUUUUUUGUUUUAAUUCCCCUUCUUUCUUCAUCCUCCUGGGCUCAUCAGCUGAUUUCACUUGGAAAACCUGCUGCUUCCUCUUCCUCCUCUUCGUCCUCAGCUUCAUCAACGCGCGGGCAGCGGAGGCCGGCCUUACAUGGCCACGGAGUAAAGAGCCACACGCCUCCUGCCGGGUCUCAGAUCCACUCAGGCCCUCCACAGAAGCUCAGACGGAUAAAAAAAGGAGAUCAGGAGGACGUCUGCAGACCUACACGCUCCUCCUCAUCAUCAUCAUCCUCUUCCUAACAGGUUAAUAAGUCGAACAGCCGAGCAGGAGGCAGACAGUCUCACUUUGUUCCUGGAUUUAUUUCUUCUUCUCCAGAUCCCUGCAGAAAUAAACAAGGAUAUUAAAGAAGGACUUUAUUAUUAUUUGGAGGCUCAGCUGGGUUUAGCUUCUAAUCUUCAACAUUAAUAAAGAGGCUGUUGGAUGUCAGCGGCUUGUUUUUGCCCUGAGGAGCGUCUGACAAACUGAAUAAAAACAGUCUGAUAAACAGGAAGCUCACCUGUCAGGUGUGACGCGUUCCUGUUUCCUUCUGAAACUUUUUUUUUUUUUGCCUCAUGGCUUGACCCCUCCCUGACCUCUGACCCCUCCCCUCCCCCCCUCCCCCUCCUCCUCCCUCAACAUGUCUAACCCACCUGCCUCUCGCCGCCCAGACAAGGUGGACCAGUGAGCCCCGCUUCACAGACCUCAUUCUCCUGACAAGCCCCGCCCCCUCCCCAGAACACCUUGAGCACCUCAACACUGAUGCAAGAUGGCCGCCGGCGUGGCCACGUGGCUGCCGUUCGCGCGGGCGGCGGCAGUAGGCUGGCUGCCGCUGGCAAAGAAGACGAUGCCCAAGCCGCCGGUGGACAACACGUCCAGAUCCGAUGAGAUCCUGUACGUCAACGUCAGCGGCGUCCGCUUCCAGACAUGGAAGAACACUCUGGACCGUUACCCGGACACUCUCCUGGGCUCCUCUGAGAAGGAGUUUUUCUUCAAUGAAGACACUCAGGAGUAUUUCUUCGACAGAGACCCUGAGAUGUUCCGACACAUCUUGAACUUUUAUCGCACAGGGAAGCUCCACUAUCCCCGACACGAAUGCAUCCAGGCGUUUGACGAGGAGCUGGCCUUCUACGGCAUUGUACCGGAGAUCAUUGGAGACUGCUGCAUGGAGGAAUACAGAGACAGGAAGAAAGAGAACCAGGAGCGCCUUGCAGAAGACACUGAGGCCAAUGAGUCGACGGAUGCCCCCCUCCCCCCACACAGCACUCCCAGGGAGCGUCUGUGGAGAGCCUUCGAGAACCCCCACACCUCAACCAUGGCGCUGGUCUUCUACUAUGUCACAGGUUUCUUCAUAGCUGUGUCCGUCAUCGCCAACGUGGUGGAGACGGUGCCCUGCCGGCCUCCGAAGGGCAAAGUCAAAGACCUCCCUUGCGGAGAGAAGUACGAUCUGGCCUUCUUCUGCAUGGACACAGCCUGCGUGCUCAUCUUCACCUUCGAGUACCUAAUGCGCCUGUUCGCCGCGCCCAGUCGCUGUAAGUUCAUGCGCUCUGUGAUGUCGGUGAUCGACGUGGUGGCCAUCAUGCCCUACUACAUUGGCCUGGUGAUGCCUGAGAACGAGGACGUGAGCGGCGCCUUCGUCACCCUGCGGGUGUUCCGCGUCUUCCGGAUCUUCAAGUUCUCGCGUCAUUCUCAGGGUUUGAGGAUUCUGGGCUACACGCUGAAGAGCUGCGCCUCUGAGCUGGGCUUCUUGCUCUUCUCCCUAACCAUGGCCAUCAUCAUCUUUGCCACUGUCAUGUUCUACGCCGAGAAGGGCACCGCAGGCUCCACCUUCACCUCCAUACCGGCCUCCUUCUGGUACACCAUCGUCACCAUGACGACGCUGGGGUGA